UUCUCUCAUAACACUAAAAUUUGUCCAUUUUCUCAUAACACAUUUUUUUCUCCAUAACAUGUUCAUGUGCAUUCAAGAUCCAAACAUAACCAUUUGUUCCACUUUUGUCCUUACAUAAUUUUUUUUUUUUAAUAUCAUGGAUCUUGUUAGACUAAAGUAUUUUGAAUCUUUUUCACAUAUGAAAAAUCAUACAAUUAGUCCUCCAAUUUUUGGUUCACCUAUACAUUCUUCAUCAAAUCAUGCUGGAUUUCCAAUUAUAGCAGUUGCUAUUAUUGGAAUAUUAGCAACUUGUGUUUUACUAGUUAGCUAUUACAUUUUUGUGAUAAAAUGUUGUUUGAAUUGGCACAGAAUUGAUCUCUUGAGACGAUUUUCGAUCUCAAGAAAUCGUCGUGUUGAAGACCCUUUAAUGAUUUACUCACCAGCAGUAGAGAAUAGGGGAUUAGACGAAUCAGUGAUUCGUUCAAUCCCCGUAUUUAAGUACAAGAAAAGGGAAGAAAAUUCAAGAAUUCAUAGUGAAUGUGUUGUUUGUUUAAAUGAAUUUCAAGAAAAUGAAAAGCUAAGAGUCAUACCAAAUUGUGCACAUAUUUUUCAUAUUGAUUGUAUUGAUGUUUGGUUACAAAACAAUGCAAAUUGUCCACUUUGUAGAAACAGUAUCUCAUCAUGUACAACAAUUAAUAACACAAAGUUAUUGUUGUACCCUUUGGAUCCAAUCAUUGCUCCAAGUUCAACACCUUAUCAAGAUCCAAAUCUUGAAAAUUUUAGAGAUGAGGAUUAUGUUGUGAUUGAAAUAUCAAACAAUAAUCAAGAAAGGUUGAUGGUGAAUAAUACAGGGGAAAUAACAGGGCAUUUUUCGCCACGAAAAACAGAACAACAAAAGGUUUCAUCAAGAAAAUGUAACAAGUUUAGACAUGUAACAAGUAUGGGAGAUGAGUGUAUAAAUAUGAGGAAGAAAGAUGAUGAGUUUGAUUCAAUUCAGCCUAUAAGAAGAUCAUUUUCAAUGGAUUCAGCGACGGAUCGACAACUUUACGUAGCUGUUCAAGAGAUUAUAAUGCAGCAACAAAGGCAAGUGAGUGAUGUUAGUCCCUUUGAAAGUAGUAGCAGUAGAGUAAAAAGAUCAUUUUUUUCAUUUGGACAUGGAAGGGGAUUAAGAAAUGUAGUUUUACCUAUUCAGUUAGAGUCAUAAUGAGAAAAAUGAUUGAUUUUUUUAUUGUAAUUUUUUGUGUGUAGAAAACGUAGUUGUUGAUAUUAAUAUAGAAGUUCAACUUUUUGAAGGUGAA